AUGACACCUGUCGAUCCCAUCGCGAGGAUGGAGACCGAAUCAGCCGUCGUACUUCAGGCAGCCGCAGCAGAUAUGCUGACUGACCGGCUUUCUGACCAGAUCAAGCAUUUGCCAAGUUCGACGGCGAAUGACAAUAUUAAAGAACAGAGUACUGUUUCUCAGAAGCCUAAUCAGGUAUCGGAUACCUGGCUUCAGCUGAACCAUGUUUCUUCCAGCGUCCAGCAGCCGAUGUCAGGGGCAAAAAAGCUUAGAAAAAUGCUGCUCGAAACCAACGAAUUGAUCGUCUGCCCUGGUGUGUAUGACGGCAUUUCAGCACGCACCGCACUUGAACUCGGCUUCAGUGCUAUGUACAUGACGGGAGCUGGGACUACAGCUAGCCGUCUCGGGCAGCCAGAUUUGGGUAUAGCUUCCCUUAAUGACAUGCGCGAGACUGCAGAGACCUUGGCGAACCUUGAUCCCUUCGGCGCUCCAUUGAUUGCAGACAUGGAUACAGGUUAUGGAGGUCCCAUCAUGGCAGCUCGUACCGUGGAGCAGUACAUUAGAGCUGGCGUCGCUGGCGCGCACUUGGAAGACCAAGUAUUAAUGAAGCGAUGUGGUCAUCUAAGCGGGAAGAAGGUUGUGCCCAAGGAGGAAUACAUUUCUCGCAUCCGGGCGGCUCACGCAGCUCGCGUCCGCCUACAGUCCGAUUUCGUUUUGAUCGCUCGGACCGAUGCGCUCCAAUCUCUUGGUUAUGACGAGUGUAUCUCUCGGCUGCGAGCCGCUCGUGAAGAGGGCGCUGAUGUAGGCCUGCUUGAGGGCUUUACUUCCAAGGAGCAAGCUGCGCAAGCUGUGAAAGAUCUGGCACCUUGGCCUCUGCUCCUGAACUCGGUUGAAAACGGCAAGAGCCCAAUUAUCACUGUUGAAGAGGCCCAGAAGAUGGGUUUCCGCAUUAUGAUCUUCAGCUUUGCCACCCUCGCACCGGCUUAUAUGGCCAUUCGCGAGACUUUACUUCGCCUGAAGACUCAGGGAGUAGUCGGAACUCCAAAGGACAUCACCCCUGUCAAAUUGUUCGAAGUUUGUGGCCUCAAACAUAGUAUGGCGGUUGACAUGAGCGCUGGCGGUGCUUCCUUUGCUGAUGGGGUCUGA